GCGCGCGCACAUUACACAACUCCACAGCAGCAAGUAAGUUAGGAGUCUGCGGCCGCGGCUAUUUUGUUUCUGCUCUUUUAUCUCGUUCAGCGAGUGAGGAAAACGAUGUCCUACGCAAAGUUUGUAGCAUCUCUCAUUCGGGCAAACUUAGGUAAUAUCAAUAAAAUACGCAUCUCACCGUCAACAUGUCGGUCAACCGUCGCAUCCCCGAAGUCGAGCCAGGAAGAGAAAGAGCAACAGCUGGAUGGGUGCACGGUGGUCCAAGCUGAGCCGCUCGAGCUUAUCAGCCAGACCAAAGAUGCUAGAAAGGUCUACCUAGAUAACAUCCAAAUAGACUUCGACAACACAGAGGAAGCCUACAAAAGCAAAGGUAACCUAGAACUGCUGAGAAGUCUGCUCGUUUUCCACCUGUGUUCCGUUGAUUUCCUCGUGGACAAAAACAAAGAACUGAUGGAGCUGACCAAGAAGCUGCUGGGUCAGCGCGUGUUCGAGAAGCUGAUGAAGAUGACCUUCUACGGUCAGUUUGUGGCAGGUGAAGACCACAACUCCAUCAAACCAUUGAUUCAGAAGAACCAGUCGUUUGGCGUGGGGGCAGUCCUGGACUACAGUGUGGAGGAAGACCUGACUCAGGAGGAGGCAGAGAAGAAGGAGAUGGACUCCUGUGUUUCUGAAGCAGAGAAAGAAAGCCCAGGCACUGAUCACCGUGAAAAGAAGUACAAGGCUCAUCGACAGUUUGGGGACAGACGUGGGGGGGUCAUCAGUGCUCGGACCUAUUUUUAUGCAGAUGAAGCAAAAUGUGACAACCAGAUGGAGACGUUCAUUAACUGCAUUAAAGCCUCAGGUGGAGCUUCCAGUGAUGGGUUUUCUGCAAUAAAAAUGACUGCACUUGGACGACCACAGUUUCUUCUUCAGUUUUCAGAGGUUCUGGUCAAAUGGAGGCAGUUCUUUCACUUCCUCGCGGCACAGCAAGGGAAAUCUGACAUGUCCGCUUUGGAAAAAAUACUGGAACUGGAACAGCUGAAGGAAAACUUGGCUCAGCUGGGAGUAGGAGCCAAAGAUGACAUUGAGAACUGGUUUACUGGAGAGAAGCUGGGUUCUUCGGGAACGAUUGAUCUUUUGGACUGGAACAGUUUGAUCACUGACACAACAAAAAUCUCCAAUCUGCUUAUGGUGCCCAAUGUUGAGACCGGUCAGCUGGAGCCUUUACUGAGCACGUUUACUGCUGAGGAGGAGAGCCAAAUGAAGAGGAUGUUACAGAGAGUCGACAUUCUGGCAAAGCAUGCUGUGGAGAACGGGGUGAGGCUAAUGGUGGAUGCAGAGCAGACGUACUUCCAACCAGCCAUCAGUCGACUGACCCUGGAGAUGCAGAGGAAAUUUAACAGAGAAAAGCCCGUGAUCUUCAACACUUAUCAGUGUUACCUCAAGGAAGCCUACGAUAAUGUAACUCUGGAUGUUGAGCUGUCUCGACGAGAAGGCUGGUAUUUUGGUGCCAAACUGGUCCGGGGGGCUUACAUGUACCAGGAGAGAGCCCGGGCCCAGGAGAUCGGCUACGAAGACCCGAUAAACCCAGACUACGAGGCCACAAACAGGAUGUAUCACAAGUGUUUGGAGUAUGUUCUGGAGGAGAUUGAACACAACAGGAAAGCAAAUGUAAUGGUUGCAACUCACAAUGAGGACACGGUGAAGUUCACUCUUGAAAAAAUGAAUGAAAUGAGCCUGUCUCCCGUGGAGAAUAAAGUUUACUUUGGACAGCUCCUCGGCAUGUGUGACCAGAUCAGCUUCCCGCUAGGUCAGGCAGGUUUUCCAGUUUACAAGUAUGUUCCAUACGGUCCUGUCAACGAAGUCAUCCCCUAUUUGUCUCGCCGCGCUCAAGAGAACCGCGGCUUCAUGAAAGGGUCCCAGAGAGAGCGCAGCCUGCUGUGGAAGGAGCUGAGGCGCAGGCUUGUGGGUGGUCAGGUGUUCUACAGGCCUGUUUACUGAGGGACUGCAGCGCAUCGUGCUGCUAAAGCACGUCUGGAAUCAUUCCACAGUCUUCAGGUUGCUACUCUUUCCUGUCUUGUCAUUAUUGUGGGAGGACAAGGUCUUGCUUAAGAGCUGCUAAAAUAAAUUAAAUCAUUGUUUACUUUUAAGUAUUUCAGGUGCGAGAUUAAAGCAGACGUGUUGCUUUUAGAAUGUAAAUGUUAAAGAGGUGCAUUGCCAGGAUAAUGUGUGGUUUGUGUUGCGUCAUAAUCAGUUUUUCUUUAUUUAAUCACUUUUGCAAAAUGCAACUUGACACAUGUUUCGAUCUUAAAUUGCACAACCAGCUUUUAUAAAAGCAGAUAUCUUCUGAUGAUGGACAGAGUGGGGCUGUUAAUGUGUGUUUGGAUGACAGAAGGGGAUUUAUUUGUACAUACAAACUGUUGGGUGGUUUUUUAGAGCAUUUCAUGGUAUUUUUGUUCACUGUAAAUCCUGUUUCAAGUAGCUGUCACUUACAAGUGCCUCAUAUUUGCUAUCAAGACUAUCUAGAAACAACCAAACAUGUCAAAACCUGGUUUUUGUAUCCACCGGCCAUCAUAAUUUGUUUAAUUCACAUAUUUUAUGCUAGUGGUGUGCUUGAUUUAAUGAGCUACUUUGUUCUUUUCUGUGUAUGCUUUAAUACCAAGAGAAAUACCAGGAUGUGUAAAUGUUUGCUGUUGGUUUAAACUCCAAAUUUAGAGUUAUGGUGUGCAGUUUUAUGUUUCUGAGAUAAAAGUUUGUCUUUCAGGAUUCAUUUAUGCUUUGUUGGUGGCAUCUGAUGGUUUUACCUUCAGUUUUCUCUGAAGUAAAGAAUAUCUUCCAGCUGUUAAACAAUGGGAGUAUUUCAAAGAAACAAAAGGGGAAAUAUAAUCCACCCCGGUCACUCAAUGUCCUGGGAUCAUGUGUCGAGCGCUGCAGGGUUCUGGGAAAGCCUGUUCACACUAGUGUGGCGUCGUUUUAUCAGCUGCAACACCAGUGGGAAAAGUCAGUUAAUUUGCUGUCGGAGGAAAGAUUUAGGAACGUUUGAAACUAUAAAUGUUAGCAAAGUGCCUUUUAAUAAGCCUGAAACAAGUUAAGAGAGGUUUUAUUUUUAAUGUUUGUAAAUUCAAGUAUCCAUUCUAAAGUGUUCAGUGUGUGUUUAGUGUGUCAAUAAAUUGGAUUUUUUUAUGUUUUAUUCAAAAUAAAAUUAACGCAAUAAAGGAACCAAAACUUCAAAGGAA